AUGGACCCGGCCAAGUUGGAGACGGACGAAAAGACGGGUACGCAGCACUCUCGCACGACGACGGCCGAUACUGGCGCUACGACUGGCACGACGACUGGCACGACGACGACGACGGCGGCGACCACGCUUGCCACGCUGGCCACGGUUACGGCCAGCGUGACAGCCACCGUCGCCGCCGGUUUCUCGUCCUCCGCGGACGACGACGACGACCGCCAGCCGGCCUCGAGUCUCGCUCGUCUCCACCGACCCGGAACAAUCCACACAGGAAUCCAAGCACGCAACUCGCAAUCCUCAGAGAAGCGAACACCCCGACCCCCGAACCCGAAUCGGAGUAAUCGGAGUACACGACCCCCGGCGCCGUCGUUCGCUCUGAUGAACCCAUUGGCACUGCCGGUCCCGUUGACGACCCGGCAACUUCUCUACGUGUGGUUGCCCCAGACGAUCGGAGCGGCCAUUUUGGACGGAGGGAUCAACUUUGGGAUUGCGUGUGCCAUGUACAGAUCGCAGAACAACAUCACAGUGUGGGAUAUCCAUCACAACACGAUCGCUGGGGUGAGCCACUCGACGAGGGGACAAACGACGUUCAAGAUCCCGUGAGCGGCAUGUCCGUGGAUGCUAAUUGCAUGUGCAUUACCUUCAGGACUGCGGAGUGACCGUCUUUAUCCAAGGAAUCCUCUCCUUCGUCAUUGCUUCGUCGUGAGUCGCAGCGAUUCCCACCGGACACGGCAUUUCCAAUCUCUAAGGAGCUGACCCCAUUUCGAUCACGUGCUCUCGCUCUCUGGCUCACACCUCACACCUCACAGCCUCGUCCACGCCGACAUACGCAGUGGCAUGAUCAUCCCCUUCUCAAGACCAUGGCCCGACACGACUCUAUCCCCCAACGAACCUUUCCCUAUCCAAGAAACCCUCUCCACUCGACCCCACGGAGCCAUCUACCGAGCCUUCCACCAACGACCCUCCCUCCGUCGCUGGCUUCGAAUAUUCCAAGGCUCCGACUCGAACGACCUCUUGGCCCGAGGCGUCCCGACCAAAGUCUGGUUCAAGAGGUUGGUAAGGACCGUCUGGCAAGGUGCGGUGUUGAGUGCGGUGUUCUUUUCGGUGUGGUGGCCGAUUACGAUCGCGAUCAUCGCGCCGAUAUGGGGCGGCAGGAAUAUGGCUCAUACGUGGGUGCCGCAGAUCAUAAAGCUUGUAUUUGGUGAGUGCAGAGAAGCUCCUGAUUACGAACAAACUGUUCGUCGUACUGACCCUUUCUUGUAACCCCCUCCUCCACUGCAACUCCAUCAACCACCGUCCCAGCGUUCGUCCUCGGCUUCUUCCAAAACCCCAUCAUCGCCUGCAUAGCCCUCGGCGCCGAAGAUUCAGUCCGAAACCACGACCUCCAAGUUCACGAGCAACAAGUCCGCGAAGUUGAGAAGGCUGCAAAUCCGAGGCAGACGACCGAGACGGAACGGUACAGACCGGCGAUGUCAUACUAUCCUCAGACGUGA